AAGGUGGUGAGUUGAACGAUGUCAAACUGGAUCUUUCCUUUGUUGGAUCCGUUAUGUGUUUGGGCGCCAUGUUUGUCUGCAUUCCGAUCGGAGUAUUAGCUGACGCAAUCGGAAGAAAAUGGACCACUUUACUGACUGUAAUACCUUUCUCUAUCGGAUGGUUAGCAAUUACUUUCGCGCAAAAUACAGCAAUGGUCCUGGUGGGAAGAUUUCUGACCGGUAUGGCAGGCGGAUCGUUUUGUAUUGUGGCUCCACUUUAUACCAGCGAAACUGCUCAAACAGAAAUUAGAGGCACUUUAGGUGCUUUCUUCCAACUGUUCAUUACUAUCGGCAUUCUGUACGCGCAAGUCCUUGGCUUUAUAUUCGGCGUAAAACUGUUUUGUUUCGCGUGCCUGGCAGUACCUAUCGCUUUUGGUAUUUGCUACAUAUUUCAACCCGAAACACCAGUUUACCUGAUGAAAAAGAGGAAUAAGGAGGGAACAGAGUCAGCGUUCAAAAGGUUGAGAGGCAAGGACUACGACCCAUCCGGCGAAAUAAAUAGCAUACGGGCCGAACUCGACAGACAGGAAGCCCUCAAGGGUGAAUUUUGGCCACAGCUUAAAACCCCGCAAGGUAAAAAGUCGUCUCUCAUUUGCUUUAUGCUGAUGUUCUAUCAGCAGUUGAGCGGUAUCAACGCUGUGAUGUUCUAUUCUGGUGCCAUAUUCGUUGACGCAGGCUCUACCAUUAAUCCAGCCUAUUGUACUAUAAUCAUCGGCGUGGUGCAAGUGUUCGCAACAGUUUUUGCCACCUGGGGUGUUGAAAAACUGGGCAGAAAGAUACUUCUGAUGUUAUCCGAUGGUGCUAUGGCUUUCUCGACUUUCCUUAUGGGAAUCUAUUUUCUCCUUAAAGAAAAGAAGAUGGUGUCCGACGAAACAAUUACCGGCUUGGGCUGGCUACCUUUGCUAUCGCUCGUUAUAUUUAUUAUAGCCUUUUCUUUCGGUAUGGGUCCAAUCCCGUGGUUGGCGUCCGCUGAACUGUUUCCCCCAGCUAUCAUGGCAAGAAUGAGCUCUUGUGCCGGCAUGUUCAAUUGGUUUUUGGCAUUUCUGGUGACCAUCGGAUAUGCUCCUGUCAGUAAUAUGGCCGGAGCGUUUACCACAUUUUUCAUAUUCACUCUGGUAUCAGCUUCGGGGGUGUUGUUUGUGCUAUUUGUAAUGCCGGAGACCAAGGGCAAGACAUUCCAAGAAAUCCAAGACGAACUGGGACACUAAAAUUGUAAAUGAUGAAUUGUAAUUCACUUAAAGUGAAUAAAGAUUCCAAAAAAAGUUA